AGGACAUCUUGGAGGAAUCAAGAAGAAGAAGACUACGGAUUCGGGUUCGAAUAUCAACCCUUUCCCAUUGUUGAACAACCGUACCCCCGGGUGUUCAAGAGUUCCAACCAUUCCAUGAAGACUACCCUCCCCACACAAAAAAAGACGAAGAGCCAAUUGGAGCUAUUGGUAGAGCAGUUUGUGCGAGAUAAUGAAAGAUCAUGCUCCACAUCGGCCUUCCAAACCAUGGAUCCACCAUACUCAGAUUUUCUCUAUGAAGUAGAGUAAAUUCUCAAGCACACCGAGAAGUUGAGCACGAUGGUCGAGAAAGCUUGUGCACAAUUGACUCAGGAACAACUCUUAACUAUUUGUGAAGAAGAGGAAGAAGAAAAGGCAAACCCCAAUGACGAUUUGGAGCAAAAAGUUGUCACGAAGAGCCACUGUGAUACUCGAGAUCUGGAAUGUCCUUUUGAGGUAGCCAUCAUCCCUCACUUCACUUUAAACUUUAAAGAGAUUGUCACUAGUGAGGAGAUGCGAGCUGAUCCUAUCAAAGACAUCGCUUGGAAACUUGAUAUCCAACAUAUGCUUGAGGAGGAGUGAGAAAGGAUAAGAAGAGAAGUUGUGGAGGAGGAAGAAAUCUACGAGGAGGAAUUUCUUGAAACUUCACAAGGGGAGGAAUCGAUUUAUGAAGAAGAAAAGGUGGUGGAUGAAGCAAUUGGUUUUCAUGCUAAGGAUGAAGUUAUGGUGGAAGACGCUAGCAUCGGCCAUGUUUCAUUGUGAAAUCUCUACCAAACUUUGAGGAAUUGCUUGGCAAGGGUGGAGAGUUCAUGAUGCCUCAUCUGGUUUGGGGUAAAGACGAGAAAGAAUAAGCGAAUGAGAGGUCUCGAAUGUGGAGACUUCCUAUCAAGCAAGUACACGAGCCAUCAUCACAUUCCAUACCACAUGAUAGGUACUUGAGACCCUACUUCACCGACAAGAACCUCAAAUUCAAAGAAGUUUUGGGAAUGACUGAAGCUUAAAGAGCAAUAAUCUAGCUUAUGACAU